GUCACUUUAAACCUGUAACGACUGAUUUAUUAUAAAAUUUUCUCAUAGUUUAGUUUUAUAUCGAAUUGUUUAUAGGACUAUAUAAUUUUAAUGAUAUUUCGAAGUAAAGAAUCUGCGUUAUUUUAAUAAUUAUAGGACUACUUGAAAGAAAGAAAUGUUUUGGAGAAAAGGACCUUCGACCUUCAACCAGUAUGCAACCGGUCUACAAGUAGGUUGCUUUUUAAACUAGUCUUGCUGUAAGCAUUUCCUAUAAAAUGUUGAAAAAAUAUUAUGUUUAUAUACGAGUAUUUAUCUAAUGGCUAGACAAAAAGUGAAAUUUAAACGAACUUUUCCAUCGAUCUUAUUCUAUAAAGUUUCAAUACAUAAAUGGAUAUUACCUGUUUUCAUUUGUUUUACUUUAUUGCUACUAUUGGGAUAUAGAACAUUGAAAAUAUUGUAUUUGGAUUGGUAUGAUUCAUCGUUAAGAAAUUUAGAUACACUAGAAUCUUUAUUAGCUUACAUUCGUCAUCCACCCACUCUAUGUAAGACAACCUUGACCUUGAAUGGAACGUAUGAUGAUAAACAUCACGUAGUAGACAGGAAUAAUGUGGUAUGUCUAAAGCCAGGACCUGGACUUAGAACUAACUGCAUUGUAUAUUCGUUUAGGAUAGAUGGAGACUGGUCCUUUGAUGAAUCUAUGGAGAAAUAUGGUUGUAGGGUAUACGCUUUCGAUCCUGGAAUCGAUCUAAAUAACCAGAAUCUCAGUAAAAAAAUUUCGUUUUAUAAUCUGGGUGUAUCGGAUGUCAAUGAAAACAAAAUACGUACAAAAAAUAAGAUAUGGAAAAUGAGAACGUUCGAUUACUUUCUGGAUCUCUUGGGGCAUCAUAAUGAAACAAUUGAUGUACUGAAGAUGGAUAUCAAGGGAUUCGAAUGGGAUGUGUUAAGGCAUAUGUUAAACAAUGAAUACUUUAAUCAAAUUCAUCAUUUAUGCGUGGAAAUCUAUGGGAUAGAGAGCAACAACAUCCAUUUUAUAGAAGUUGUACCUAUUAAGAAAUAA